GACUCUUUUAACAUACUUUCAAUCACAUAGCUGCAUUCAUAAUAAAUGUACUUACUGCUAUAUAAGGAGAGAGAAGAAGGAAAAUACCAAGUAAUAAAGUAUUAGAAUACUGAGAAAGUACUGGUAUCUAUGAAGUAUUUUCAUCAUUAUAAAAAAUGUUUUAAGUUUGAUAAUGGUUUUUUUUAAAACUAGUUUUGAAUUUGCCAAGUAAAAAUAAAAGUUAUGCCUGGUGUUUAGUUUACAAAAUUGACAGUGAGAAGUAAAAUUUAUUUUAAAAAAACUUUCAGAGCAGUGAAAUGUAAUUAUCAAGUAUGUUUAUAAUACUUUUACUUUUUUUCACACUUAUUACGUGUAUUGUUUGCUAUAAAGAGUGUAGGAAACCCCGAAAAUUUCCUCCAGGCCCACGAUGGUUACCACUGGUUGGAUGUUUUCUAACGUUCCAAAGGAUGAAGGCAAAAAUGGGCUACCUUUAUCUUGUUUUUCACCAAUUAUCUAAGCAAUAUGGAACUGUGUUAGGAGUAAAACUCGGCCGGCAAAAGAUCGUGAUUGUGUCAGGAAAUAAUUUAAUAAAGAAAGUACUCAUGAAGCAAGAAUUUAAUGGAAGGCCUGAUGGUUUUUUCUUCCGUGUGCGAUCUUUUGGUAAAAGGAAAGGUAUUUUAUUUACUGACGGCCCUUCUUGGUAUCAAACCAAACGAAUGACUAUGAAAUAUCUAUCUAAUUGUGGUUUUGGACAUGAACUAAUGGACCGAUGUUUAAAAUAUGAAGCAGAAAUGCUAGUUUCUUUUUUCAAAGAUGAAAUUGCCAGAGGACGAGAAUCAUUUUCUGUCGAAGAAGCUUUCAAUACAGCAGUGCUAAAUACUCUCUGGACUAUGAUUGCUGGAUAUCGAUUUACUUAUGGUGAUUUUAAGCUUCAACCCGUCUUAUCUGCUGUCCGUGAAGCCUUCGAAUCUAAUGAUACAUUAGGAGGGAUAAUUUCACAACUUCCAUUUCUUCGUCACAUUAUUCCCGAAUCAUCGGGAUAUAAUAAUUUAAUGAAAGUUCUUCAUACACUAUGGUGUUUCAUUGAAGAUGAAAUCGACAAUCAUGUGAAGGCACAGAGGUUCGAUCAGUCUCCAAGUAAUUUUAUUGACGCUUAUCUUGUUGGAUCUUGCAAUGGAGAAACUAAGAAUUUUUCAUUUGACCGAGAAGAGUUAAUAGUUAUUUGUUUAGAUUUAUUCUUAGCUGGAUCAAAAACAACUACUGAUUCACUGACAGCUAUUUUUGCUCUUCUUCUUCAUUAUCCAAAUUGGAUGAAAGCUUUACAAAAAGAUAUUGAUACAGUUGUAGGUUCCAUCGAUUCUCCAAGUCAAGAACAUAUGCAGUUAUUACCAAGAGUCGAAGCUUUCUUAGCUGAGGCACACAGAACUCUAAUUCUCACGCCUCUCGGCGUCCCUCAUAGGACAAUAGAAGACGUUUCACUAGAAGGUUAUCACAUUCCGAAGGAUACGGUAAUUCUCUUAAAUUUUCACAGUGCGAAUACUGAUGAGUCUUGUUGGGAGAAGCCACAGGAAUUUCAUCCAGAACGAUUUCUUGAUGAAAGUGGACAGUAUCGUCGUAGAAAUGAAUUUAUAAUCUUUGGAUUAGGAAAACGACGAUGUUUGGGAGAACAAUUAGCAAAACCAUCUUUAUUUCUUUUUUUCACGCACAUUCUUCAUAAUUUUGAUUUAACAGUCCCUCAAGGAAGUGAACUACCAAGACUAGAUGGAAUUGAUGGCUUCACUGUAUCCCCGAGACCUUAUUUAAUUAAGUUAAUACCUAGGAAAUAA